GUGUUAAGAGUUUUAGAUCUGAUUGGCGAUGCCGCCUCCUCGCUCAUCUCGGUUUGUUUCAUUUCCCGUUUAUUUCGCUCCCGAGAGAAAAUAAAAAUAAAGAUAAGAAAGAGGGGGAAACCCUUGGCUUGGCUCUCCCUCUCUCCCGAACCCUCGCUCGUCCCGAUCGGACGGCCGGAAUGGCGCAGAAGCUGCAGCAGCAGCUGAGGGACGUGGGGUCGAAGCUCGAGAACCCUCCCGCUUCCAAAGAUGCUCUGGCGAGGCUCUUAAAGCAAGCUGCAAACUGCCUCUCUGAGAUAGAUCAGUCACCAUUGCCUUCAAUGUUGGACUCAAUGCGGCCUUGUCUUAAUGCAAUUGCCAAACAAGAAUUGCUGAAACAUCAAGAUAGGGAAGUCAAAGUUCUGGUAGCAACCUGCAUUUGUGAAAUCACCAGAAUAACUGCACCGGAAGCUCCUUACAGUGACGAUGUUCUAAGGGACAUAUUUCAUUUGAUUGUUAGUACAUUUAGUGGAUUAGGUGAUAUUAACAGUCCAUCCUUUGGAAGGAGAGUUGUUAUCUUAGAGACGCUUGCAAGAUACAGGUCAUGUGUUGUGAUGUUGGAUCUUGAAUGUAAUGAUCUCAUAUAUGAAAUGUUCGGUACAUUUUUCUCUGUUGUCAGUGAUGACCAUCCACAAAACGUUUUGACUUCAAUGCAAACAAUUAUGUCCCUUAUUUUCGAUGAGAGUGAGGAUAUACAGGAUAAUUUGUUAAGUACCAUCCUCUCUGCUUUGGGUCGGAAAAGAAAUGAUUAUUCUAUGGCGGCACGGAGGCUUGCGAUGAAUGUCAUAGAACAUUGUGCACGAAAACUUGAGCCUUGCAUAAUGCAGUUUCUUGUAUCAUCGCUAUCAGGCGACAAUAGUUAUUUGAACAAAUCACUUGACCAUCACGAAGUCAUCUAUGAUAUAUAUCAGUGUGCACCCCAGAUUCUCACAGGAAUCACUCCUUAUAUUACAGGAGAGUUGCUGACAGAUAAGUUAGAUGUUCGGCUGAAGGCGGUGCAAUUACUUGGUGACCUGUUUGCUUUACCUGGUGUAUCAAUCUCUGAAUCUUUUCAGCCACUCUUCUCUGAGUUUUUAAAGAGAUUGACUGAUAGGGUAGUGGAAGUCCGUAUUUCUGUAAUUGAACACUUGAAGCAUUGCCUGAUAUCAAAUCCUUCCCGACCUGAAGCUCCUCAGAUCAUCAAGGCGCUAAGCGAUCGAUUGUUGGAUUACGAUGGAAAUGUUCGGAAACAAGUUGUUUCUGCAGUUUAUGAUGUGGCUUGCCAUUCGUUGAAAAUCAUUCCAGCUGAGAUAGCUAGGCUGGUUGCAGAACGCCUUCGAGACAAAUCUCUGUCUGUCAAAAGAUAUACAAUGGAAAGGCUGGCUGAUUUAUACAAACUUAAUUGCAUAAAGAGCUCUGAGAGCUCGAUAGAUAUUGAAGAUUUUGAGUGGAUACCUGGGAAGAUAUUGAGAUGCUUAUAUGACAAAGAUUUUAGAUUGGAGACGAUCGAGCUUAUUUUGUGUGGUUCUUUGUUCCCAUCUGAGUUCUCAAUCAAAGAUAAGGUGAAACAUUGGGUAACAAUUUUCUCGAGGUUUGAUAAAGUUGAGGUCAAGGCUCUUGAACAGGUUCUUUUGCAAAAGCACAGGUUACAGCAAGAAUUGCAGAAGUAUCUCUCUCUUAGACAGACACAUCAGGAAGAUGCCCCUGACCUUCAAAAGAGAAUUUCUGGCUCCUUCCGUAUUAUGUCUCGCUUGUUCAGUGAUCCUGCAAAGGCCGAGGAGAGUUUUGUGACUCUCAAUCAGCUAAAAGAUGUGAAUAUAUGGAAAAUUCUGGCAAGCCUACUUGAUCCUAGCACUAGUUUCUGUCAAGCAUGGUCAUAUCGGGAUGAAUUGCUUAAGAUCCUUGGAGAAAGACACCCACUUUAUGAUUUUAUGGGAAUGCUUUCAAUAAAAUGUUCAUAUCUACUCUUCAAUAAGGAGUAUGUUAAGGAGAUUCUUUCAGAAACUGCUGCACAACAAUCUGUUGGAAAUACAAGGCUUGUGUCAUCAUGCAUGAAUCUACUUACGGUUAUAUCGAGUUUCUCUCCCCUGCUUUUGGCUGGUUGUGAAGAAGAUCUCGUUUGUCUUUUGAAAGAGGAUAAUGAAAUAAUUAAAGAAGGUAUUACUCAUGUUUUGGCGAGGGCUGGUGGAAUCAUUCGUGAACAGCUGGCGCUGACUUCAAGUUCUGUUGACCUACUGUUAGAAAGGCUAUGUUUAGAGGGUACACGGAAACAGGCAAAAUAUUCUGUACAGGCGCUCGCAGCAAUAACUAAAGAUGAUGGUCUGAAGUCCCUCUCUGUUCUAUACAAGAGGCUUGUGGAUAUGUUGGAGGAGAAAAGACACUUACCAGCCAUAUUGCAAUCCCUGGGAUGUAUAGCACAGACUGCAUUGCCAGUUUUUGAAACCAGAGAGGAAGAAAUUGUAGGGUUCAUAAGGAGUAAAAUCCUGGAGAGUAGCAAUAUGGAUGAUGGGGUUUCUACACAAACGACUGAGUGGAGUGAAAGGAGUGAAUUUUGUUUAUUGAAGAUCUUUGGCAUUAAGACUUUGGUGAAGAGUUACUUGCCUGCCAAAGAUGCUCAUUUACGACCGGGAAUUGAAAAACUAGUGGAGAUCCUAAAAAAUAUUCUUUCAUUUGGGGAUAUUUCAGAUAAUAUAGAAUCAAGUGCUGCUGAUAAGGCCCAUUUGAAGCUUGCUUCAGCAAAAGCUGUUCUUCGGUUGUCAAGGCACUGGGAUCACAAGAUACCUGUUGACGUUUUUUAUAUGACCUUAAGAAUGCCACAGGAUAUCCAUCCUCAAUCUAGGAAAUUAUUCCUUAACAAAGUGCAUCAGUAUAUUAAGGAAAGGCUCCUGGAUGCAAAAUAUGCUUGUUCCUUCUUGUUAAACAUAAACGGGUAUCACACUCCAGAAUAUGAAGAGUGCAAACAAAAUCUACUUGAAGUAGUACAAGUAUGCCAGCAACUUAAGGUACGACAACUUUCUAUGCAAUGCGAGAUGAACAUGCUGGUGGCUUAUCCUGAAUAUAUCCUUGCAUAUUUGGUCCAUGCCCUUGCACAUCAUCCUUCGUGUCCAAAUAUUGAAGAGUGCAUGGAUGUUCAAGCAUUUGAGCCCACUUACUGGAGGUUGCAUUUGUUUCUUUCUACGUUGUUGCAUGGAGAUGAAGGUCAACAAUCUGGUAGUGUUUCCAACAAGAAAAAGGAGAGUUUUACUGCAAUUGUUUCUAUUUUGCACAGUAUUAAGAGCUCAGAAGAUGUGGUUGAUGGAGCAAAGUCAAAAACAUUACAUGCUAUAUGUGAUCUUGGCCUCGCAAUUGCAAAGAGAUUGGUUCAAGACCCUACAGAUAUUUCAGUAAUCAGCGAAGUUCCCCUCCCAUGUAUGUUAUACAAGCUUGUUGAGAAAAACAAAGAUGUGAGCUCUGUGGAUGCUGAUGAGCAGAGUUGGUUGGGUGGUGAGAGUGCCUUGGCCCAUUUCGAAGCACUUAAAAUUGAAAAUAAAGAAAUGAUUGAUUCAGGUGCUGCCAAGGAUGUUAUGGCCCUAGAGGGGAGUGAUAAAGAUGGUGAUGAAGUGCCUCUAGGAGAGAUGAUGAAAAUUCUUAAAUCUCAGGGACCCAAGAAGAGGAAAACAAUCAAAAGGAACACUUCACCUUUUGAUAUUAAAAAAAUGGAACACGAAUUUGAUGUUCUAGGAGUUGUAAGGGAAAUAAAUUUGGAUAAUUUGGAAAGAGCUCAGAACAUGGAAACAGGGACCAAAGAUCCUGAGUAUUUUGGAAGUAGGCAGACGUCAAAAAUAAAUAAUAAUGAAAAAGUUACAGUAUUUGGAAAAAGAAAAAGGGACAAAACAACAAUUGAAGUAGCAGUGCCAACUCCAAAACGUAAAAGGUCUGUUUCUGUGCAAAGGUCUCAUUCUGCAAAGGGCCACAAGGGAAGCAGAGAAAUUCCUUCUUCACAUUCUAUUGAGAUGGAUGAGAAGACACAUAUCCCUUUGGAACAAAAGUUGUUCACAGAUAAAGGCCUGACUGAGUCUACUGAUUCAGACUUGUUAGCCUCUUGCCUGCCAAUGGUUAAAAGCAGCUCAUCUAGAAAUGGAAAAAAAGAUGCUGAUGGUUUGCAUGUUGAGAAACUUAUCAGCAAUGACCAAAAGGAAUCCUCCAGUCCAGUAGAUUCUAAUAAAAAAUCUAGUCAACCCAAAAGCUUACUUGGUUCAAUUAAAAAGCGUAAAGUAAGAAGCAUUGCCGGCUUAGGGAAGUGUUCAUCACAUAGCAAUGAAUUGAGUGAUUCAGAAUUGGUUGGAUCCAGAAUAAAAGUUUGGUGGCCGUUGGAUAAGCAGUUCUAUGAAGGUGUUGUACAAUCUUAUGAUCCAGGAAAGAAAAAACAUGAGAUAUUGUAUGAUGAUGGAGAUGUGGAACUGCUUCACUUAGCCAAGGAGAAGUGGGAACUUAUCAGUAAUGGAUGCGUGCCUAAAAAGCGAUCAAAAUCCAAACAUACGUCGCCGCAUGAAGAACUGUCACCAGAGAAGACAGAUGACAAAACCAACCAAGCUGAUUCUAAACAAAAAAAGAACAGCAUGAAGAAAUCUUCAUCUUCUAAAAUCAAAAGAAAAAGUACUCCAAGAAAACGUAAAGUAAAUAACAGAAAAAGAGUAUCAGAAAGUAAUGUUAAUGCAGAUACGAACGACGUGGAUAGCAGGGGUGAUUCUGAUUUAUCAAGUGUCCCUCCACCCUCUGGCUCUGAUGUUGAUGAUGCCAACUCAGAUAGGCUUGAAGGGAAAGAACAUCCAAUGUUAGAAGUUGGAAAGAAAACUGAAGUGGGCUUCGAAGAGGAUUCAGAAGAGUCAAUGGAAGAAGGCAAGCAAGAUUUUUCCAGCUUAGAUGGCAAAGGAGAUUCCGAUGAUGAACCUCUUAGUGCAUGGAAGCAAGGUGCUGGAAAAGCCACCUAAAACAUCUAUGCUCAUGGACCAGCUCACUCAGUACAAGAACUUGAUGGCAGAUCAGUUUGGGAUAUGGAUCUUGCUAAUUUGUUCUCUUCUUCCCACGCUUUCAGUCUUCAUGUAGGAAAUGUUAUUACCAUACCACAGGGUAGUAUAAGAUGGCCUUAGAAGAGGGAUAGUGAUUCUAUAUUGUGAAACUGAAGCUCUAGCUUUUGUGAUAAUUUAUCUGCAAUCUGUGCAUUUUCGCAGCAUUUUUUCCCCCUCCAGGUAGACGGAUUCUGUCAUUAUCUGCCUCUACUGUCUUUGGCAUAGCUAACCUCUGAUUGAACUCCGGCAAUUGAGCGGGCCAUGACUCUAUUCACAAGCCAUGAAUGUAAUAAUUGGCGCACACCUUUAGUGUUUGUCAUUGGGGGCACCUCAUUCUCUCUGAGGUUGCAUGUAAUAAUUGCAUACGAGUUGUUGUUCUGUAAUGAUGCUUCAGUUGGCACCCAAAUUUCCCGUAAGAAGGAAGUUGGAAUGUGUUGUAAAGCUGGUGAUGCUUCAGUUGGCACUUUGAUGGUGUACCGUGCCCAGAUAUCAAAUCUUCUUCAGCUUGCCGCGUUGAUAUUUUACAGGUGUUUCCUUUUUGUGUUAGUGAAAAUAGCAACUGUGGACGUUCAUUACUUCCAUUAGGACUUGUAUACUGGGUAUGAGAUUUUAAAGCUAUGAGGCGAACUUUUCGUCUGUUGAAUUUAUUAUGAUCUGUUUGAUUGCUACCAGUUGGGCAUUUGUGAGAAUGGAUUUGUAUUGUGGUGUUCAAAAUUUGAAUGAAAAA